AUGUGUAAAGUUUUUCCCAUAACAUCUUUUUUAUUAUUUUUUUUAAAUUUGUGCAUAUGUGAAAAUAGUGAAAAUUUGCCAUAUGGAGUCCAAGAGCGACAAAAUAUAAAUUUUAUAAAACGUAAUUUAAGGAAUGGUUUUUCAAAAAAAAAUGUUUCUUUACAAGAUGAACAAGAUAGUACCAAUUUACAUUCAGGACUAGAAGUAUCAGCAGGUGAUCAUAAUACGUUACAAUCUGCUUCAAACGAAGAACAUAGUCCUGGAAAACUAGAAGAUGCAGUAACUCAAUCUACUUUAGAAGAUGAAAAAUUAAAAAGUGAAUCUACUCCUAUUCGUAAAACUGAAGAUACAGAAGAUCCUGCUUCUAAAGCUGGAGAUAAAUCUCAUGAUAACAGUGGACCUGAAGACAAUGGUGAAAAGGGACCUACUAGUGAAGAUGGAUCAGUAUCUACUCUUUCAGUUGUAAAACAAUCUCUAGAAAAAUCUGGAGAUGGGGGUAAAGAUGACCCUGAGAAUCCGCAAAAAGAUAAAGUUGAAAAAGAAGGAAAAGCCCAAGGAGAAUUACGAGAGGAUUCAACAGCAGGACAUGGUGAACCACAAGAAGGGGUAUCACACACAGAAGCGGGUGAUGGAACUAGUAUAAAUCCUGUAUCAGAUGAGACAGAAAAAGAUAUGAAACCACUACAAGAAUCACUAUCACUAAAUCAAUUACCAGAAGUGUUGUCAAGAGGACAGCAACUAAGAGAUCCAAAAUCAGAAGAAUCAUCAUUACAAAAACCACCACUAUCAGGGGUAUCAUCAUCAGAACAUCCAUCACUACCAGAUGUAACAGUACAAUCAAAGUCAACAGCAGAUGAACCAUUGAAUGAAGUAAUAGAUCAUACAUUAUCAACAGAUAGAAAUCCCCAAGGAAUAAAUUCACAUUCAGAUGAAAGAGCGCCGAGAACUCCUACAGCUCCAGAUCAAAUAACGGAAAGAGAAGAUAAUGGUCAAGAUUCAUCAUCACCACCAAUAGAAGGAAUAGAUAUACUGAAACAAGAAGGUGAAUUAAGACCUCAAUCGGCUAUAGAAUCAACAGAAUUGCCUCAAGAAGGACCACCAAAACCUAUGCAACAAGACGGAUAUCCACCAGCAGACGAAGCAGUAAAAGAAAAUCGGAAUGGUGAAGAAUCCUCAGAAGAAUCGCAAAUACUAAAGGAUAAAAAGGAACUAGAAGAAUUAGUAAAAAGACAAAAUCUAAAUGUACUUGAGCCAGUAAAAUUACCUGAUCAAGCAACUCAGAACAUUACAGAUGUAGAUGAAUCCGUAGUAGAGGAAAGAGAAGAACAACAAGGUGAAGAAGAGGAGGAUAUUUCAGAUGAUACAAUGGAGGAUAUGAUACAGGAAGUGAUAGAAGGAGUGAUGGAAGAAAUGAAACAACAAGAAGAUGCAGAUGCAGGAGAAGAGGAAAAUAUAGAUGAGGACGAUGCAAAUGUGGAUCAAUUACGCGAAAGUGAUAUUCCGAAAAAACAUGAUGUAGAAGGUGCAAAAAAUAAAGAACAGGAAAACGAGAACUAUAACGUUCCAUCACAGGUUACUAAUACUCAUAACUCACUUGUAGAUAAUUAUACAUAUCUGGCUGAUGCUAAAAAAGAAGCUGAACAGUUAAUAAAAAAAAUGGUUACUUUAGUUGGUGGUGAUCCGGAGAUUGUCGAUUCACUAAAAGAUUUAGCAGAAGAUAUGGGUCACUAUCUUUUGCAAUAA